CUAGCUGAGCAAGCGGGUGCACAGGGGGUCAGACCAGAGCAAGGAGCCAAGCCCACCCAACCCAGCAAUCCUCAUAGGCACAGUUCCUAGGUGGGAGCCGUGUGGAAGGGAGCAGCAGCAGGAGGAGGGGUUCAAAGAUCCAGGAUCUGUCUCCUUCCUUCUGCAGCCAUGUUCAUCACUGUGCUGUUUGGAGCUGGUUGCCGGGAGCUGGUGAACCCCUGGUGCAGCCUCGUAGCCUUCACUAUGUAUCUGAAACAGAAGGUGCAGGUCCCCCCAGAAGUAACCAUAGCCCUCCUGGGUGAGGACGGGCACCUGGUGAGGCUAGAGGAGAAGACUGCCCAGGCUCCUUCCAUGGCCUGUUCCCUGCUACAGGAGCAAGGGACCUAUGUCCUGGUACAGAUCAUUAGAGGAAAAGAUGGGAACUUCCCCUACUAUGAGUCGCUAUUGGAUAACCUGGAACACCAGUAUCCACAGUUAGCAGAGGAGCUGUGCUGGCUUUCCAGAUUUCCAGCCACAAGCAAUAGUCAGAGAAGACGCACAGGCAUUCGGCACAGCCACCAGGAAAAAGGUUUCCCUUCAAGGUCUCGAAGGGUGACUUCCCUACCAUCUAGAAACCGCUAGCUGGAGCCAGGCACCAAAAAGGUAUGGAAACCCAGGAAGAUCUCAAAGGGAGAUCCCUUACUGAGAGACAGACACGAGUGGCGAGAGGCACAGCCUCCACACACAUACACACCCAGGACAGUACACACUGUACCUAAAGGUAGGUCCCGCCAUACUGCUGGAGUAGAAGCAUCCUAAAGGCAGAAAUGCUCUGCGCUUAGGAAGCUGGUGCUCAGUGCAAAAAUGCUGACGGAACCCAGUGAAAGUAGCUACAGUGUGUGAUGGCGCAGUCUGUGCUGGGGUCUGAAGGCCCUGCUUCCAUUCCAGCAGGUCGUAUGACCUGGCACACCACAGCCAAAUGGCGCAGCUGGACUUGGAUCCAAGGAGACUGGCCCUGACCUCCGCAUUAGGGUAAACUGCAGACAGACAGCAGCCCGGCAGGACUCCUCUUUCAGAAUCUGGCAUUACCAAGAGGUUGCAUCAGC